AUGGGUCGCUCUCAGGAGCUCAGUGAAUUCAAGUGUGGUACCGUGAUAGGUUGCCACCUGUGCAAUAAGUCCAUCCGUGACAUUUCCUUACUACUAAUUUUCCACAGUCAACUGUUAGUGGCAUUAUAACAAACUGGGAACAACAGCAACUCAGCCACGAAGUGAAGCGCACAGUGCGCAGAAGUCACUAACUGUCAAUAGCAGAGUCAAUAGCUAAAGAUCUCCAAACUUUAUGGUGCCUUCAGAUUAGCACAAGUACAGUGUGUAGAGAACUUCAU